UCCCACAACCUCUCUCUAUGCCAGGACUGUUUACAAAUGGAGUUCUUAAGAAGCCAGGCAUUGAAGGGGCGGAGUAGAGGGAACACUGGCAGGGAUGAGGAGGCAUUCGGAGGCUGAAGGAACAUUGGAGACAGAUGUGUGGAUGAAUGGGAAAAGAAGACGGGAAUGCUCCGGGAAAAGAAGACGCUCUUGGCUUCCGAUGAGUAGAACAGCUAUUAUGGUUUGGAUGCAAGUAGAGUCUGGGAGAGGGUUCAUAAGUUUUCGGAGCUUCGGGAUCAGCAUUGUCCCCUAGUGGCGAUCUUGCGAACAACAAGCAGAGCCACCGGGCUGGCCCGGAGCGUGGCCGCUGUCAAGUCGCCUGCAGCUCAGCAUCUGUCUGUCUGUGUUGGAGCCAGGACGCAGCUAGGACCUCUGGGGCAGAAGGCAUGGGUCGUCUCGGCGUUGCUGGCUGCCGCUGGUGACCUUUCCUCUAGGCACGAGGCAUCUUUAUUGAACCUGGGAGGUCACCUGCCCAUUCCUAACUCCUCUUUUGGUCAGAGUUUAAAGUAGCCAGAACCUCAGGUGAAGAAGGAGCCAAGAAUGUCAGAUAUUUUGACUGGGAACAAUUCAGAUGACAGAAAACAGAACCAAUUUGGGGCCAAAGUACAGUUUUUAGCCUUUUAACUCCUUCACUUGACCCCUACGGUGGCUUUCUCUCCACACCAAGAUCACCACAGCUUUCUGUAUGUCAGGUCUGCCCAAUGCUUCUUGUGGCCUAAACAGCUGGAUCUUCCCCCAGCAGUUGGGAGGUCAGGUCCGCCCCGGGAUUUGCUUCAGAGCCCUGGUUGUUCAAGCAAUGCCGUAGUUGUGCCCACUCUUUCCAGAGCCACACCGAGUGGCUCUCCUGAAAUCCUUGAAAGGUAGAUACCCAAAGGAGAUGACCAAGCCUGUUCUUGGGAGAACUUUAUUCAAAAGUUUCAGAAGAUCAUGACUUCCCAAGUAAAAGGUCAACCAUCAUUUAAAAAUGAUUGUCUGUGUGUGUGUGUUUGUGUGUGUGUGUGUGUGUGUGAGAGAGAGAGAGAGAGAGAGAGAGAGAGAGACAGAGAGAGAGAGACAGAGAGAGAGAGAGAGAGGUUAGUGGAAAACUUGCUGGAGUUGGUUCUUUAUUUCUCCUGUGUUCUCUGGGAUGAACUCUGGUCAUCGGCGUGGGGGCAAGCUCAUUUACCUGCUAAGCCAUUUCACUACCCCAAUUUUAUUAUCUACUUAUUUAAUUUUUUUAUUUUGUUUUCCUUUUUGAGACAGGGUUUCUCUGUGUAGGUCUGGCUGUCGUGGGACUCACUCUGUAGACCAGGCUGGCCUCAGAUUUACAGAGAUCCGUUUGCUUCUGCCUCCCGAGUGCUGGGAUCAAAGGCGUGCGCCACCACUGCCCGGGGUACUUUAUCAUUUUCGAGGCUCACACUUUUAGUGCAGUUGUAAUGCACUUUAGAGUAGGCAGCAGGUGUUUCUCUUUCUCAGAGACUUGUGAAUAUCAGCCUGUGCUCUCGGUGUGAUGACUCAGGACAGAGCUGGGAUUACUUCAAUGACCUAUGGGCACCUCUCUAUUCUACAGACUCCUCCCUGCUUCAAUUGUUCCAUCUUCCCUGGAGAGCUACCCCCAAAUAGUUCAAGGAGCCCCAUGUUCUGCAACGGCAGUGAGGUCAGGGGAAACUUUGACCCUGAGGACUUGAAUCUGACUGAUGAGGCCCUGCGGCUGAAGUACUUGGGGCCACAGCAGACAGAGCUGUUUGUCCCUAUCUGUGCCACGUACCUGCUGAUCUUUGUGGUGGGCACUGUGGGCAACGGGCUGACCUGCACCGUCAUCCUGCACCACAAGGCCAUGAACACGCCCACCAACUUCUACCUUCUCAGCCUCGCUGUGUCCGAUUUGCUGGUGCUCCUGGUGGGCCUGCCCCUGGAGCUUUAUGAGAUGCGACACAAUUACCCGUUCCAGCUGGGUGCAAGUGGCUGCUACUUCCGAACACUGCUCUUUGAGACCGUCUGCCUAGCUUCAGUGCUCAAUGUUACAGCCCUGAGUGUGGAGCGCUAUGUGGCCGUGGUGCACCCACUCCAAGCCAAGUCCCUGAUGACGCGGGCCCACGUGCGCCGCAUGUUGGGGGCCAUCUGGGUCCUCGCUGUGCUUUUCUCUCUGCCCAACACCAGCCUACACGGCCUCCAGCAGCUGUAUGUGCCCUGUCGGGGACUGGUGCCUGACUCAGCUGUGUGUACGCUGGUGCGUCCCCGAGUCUUCUACAACGUGGUGGUACAGACCACUACCCUGCUCUUCUUCUGCCUGCCCAUGGCCACCAUCAGUGUGCUGUACCUGCUCAUUGGGCUGCGGCUGCGGAGGGAGAGGCUGCUGCUUCAAGAGGAGGUCGGGGGCAGGAACACUGCAGCGACCCGGAAGACCUGCAGCAGAAGACUUCAGCUCCAAGACAGGGGACGGAGACAGGUGACCAAGAUGCUAUUUGCGCUGGUUGUGGUGUUUGGCAUCUGCUGGGCUCCAUUCCAUGCUGACCGCCUCAUGUGGAGCUUGGUGUCCCACUGGACCGAGGGCCUGGUCCUGGCCUUCCAAUUUGUGCACGUUGUAUCUGGUGUCUUCUUCUACCUCGGCUCGGCCGCCAACCCGGUGCUCUACAGUCUCAUGUCCAGUCGCUUCCGCGAGACCUUCCGGCAAGCCCUGGGCCUGGGAACCCAAUGCCGUCGCCGUCACCAAAGCUAUCAUGGCUCCCAUAACCUCAGCAGAUUGACCACAGGCAGCACCCUGUGUGACUUGGGCUCCCGGAACAGCAGGGCUGGACCCCUGGCUGAGAAUAGGGAUCCAGGAUUUCAGCAAGAAACAAACCCGUCCUGAGUAAAAUCUGAAAGGAGGCUCACCCCCUGGACCAGAAGGCCCCAGGCAGUCUGGGGAGCUACUGGGAUCAGUACCCUGGUGACUUUCACCCUGCCCACGUGUUUGAGUGUUGAGGGAAACAGCAAGAAAAAGAGGAUUGAACCCCGAUUGUCAAAGACUGGCAUUGAAGGCCUGGAAAGCUGACUCAGCAGUUAAUGCUUGCUGCUUCCAGAGGACCAGAGUUCAGGUCCCAGCACCCGCAUGUCAGCUCACAACUGCCUGUAACUGCAGUUCUAGCUCAUCUGACACUCUCUCAUGACUUCUGAAGGCACCCACGUGUUCAUAACACACACUCAUUAGAAAACAAGGCACCCACGUGUUCAUAACACAUACUCAUUAAAAAAAAAACUUUAAAAGAAGACCCACACUGAGCCAGGCACAUGCUGUACACACCUCCAGACCCCAGACCCCCAGCUAAAUUCCCCCACCCCCAGAGCCAUUACAGUCACCUAGGCCUCGGCAAUUAUCCCUUUUUCGUCUCAACUGCGUAUAUGUUUCCACGGGGGCCUAGUGUCAUUCUGGUGACUUCUGAAGUUCCAUAGGUUCUGACCUGUAGAACUGGCUUCCUGGCUUCUUAGUCUACACUGAAAUCUGAGCCUGCUAGAGCUGGCAGGUGACAGAGGUUCCCAGGGACCCCAGGGACCUGGAUCUAGCCUCAACCUUUGUCACCAGCUUGUUCCCUUGUGGCAUCUAGCAAAUCACCCCUCCUUUCUAGGUUUUGGUUCCUUGUUUGCAAAAUGAUGGGGCCCUGACAUGCCAGAAUCACCCUUCGGUGCUACCUGCGUUUUCAUCUGUGUGCACAAAAACCAACCAAUAGAUGGCUUCACAUUAUCUGUAUCACUCCCAAACCCUGCUUUCCUCUGACAUCCGCAGGCCCCUGCUCCAAGCUGCCUAGGGCAGAUCCUUUGCUUGUCUUGGCGUGGAGAGGGCCAACCUGUGAACAGUGCAGUCCCCCUGCCUAUUGCCUUUCUCACCUGCUGACAGGCUGACCUGGCAGCCCCAGAUGAACCAGAUGCUGUCAGCCAGGGGAUCUCUGGAGGAAGAAACAUGGGCUAACCAAGGACCAGAAGCAGCCAUGCAGAGACAGUGUGUGGGUUAGUCUUUAUCUACUUGGCACAAACUAAUGUCACCUGGGGAGAGGGACUAUCAGUUGAGGAAGUACAUCCAUCAGACUGGCCCGUGGAUAUGUCUGCGGGACAUUUUCAUGACUAGUGACUGAUGUGGCAGGGCCCAGACCACUGCGGGUAGUGCCACUCCCGGGCAGGUGGUCCUAGGUUGUCUAAAAAGAAGCUGAGCAAGCUUUCGGGGAGCAAGCCAGUAAGCCCAGUUCCCCAUGGCCUCUGCUCCAGUUCCUGCGUUGGUUCCCCGUGAUGGUGGACAGUACGCCGAAAUAAACCCUUUCCUCCCCAA